AUGUCGUCCGGUGGUUCUCCCGGCAACCCGCUACUCCUGGUCUCGGUCUCUCCCGGCGAUGAAGAGAAAGAGAAGCUCAUCAAAGGAGACGAGAAAGAUAAGUUCUUUCGAGGCUCCGCCAUGACCAAGCGAGGCGCUUACGCUCCCAUCUCUUACAUGGCUUGUGCCGUGCUUCUUGUAAUGUUCAAUAAAGCGGCCCUCUCUUCUUACAGCUUUCCAAGUGCCAAUGUCAUAACACUCUUUCAGCUAGUUACGAUGGAAUCGGUGCGAGGAGUUAAUGUUCCCAUGUACACUACUCUGAGGAGGACUACAGUAGUGUUUACUAUGAUAAUGGAGUACUUUCUUGUUGGGCAGAGAUACACAUCUCCAAUUGUUGGAAGGAAAGUCUACUGGCCUUAA